AUGGAGUUUAUGUUCAUUCGAUAUCUUCAAUUACGAACCGACAUAUUAAAGCUGGAAAGUUUUGUCCGGAAACAAUUACUGAGGAGCUUCCUUAAGCUAUCCGAUAUUGAUGAACAAGUAACCAUCGGCGCUAACACAGAUUUCAUGAUGCUGAAUAUUUAUGCUGAUAACAAUCAUCACUGCAUUCUAAUUAUGUACGAAGAUGGGAAUAUUAAUUGCUUCCUCAGAAUGGAAAAGCUUUUCAAAUGUUAUGUUACAUCAUUUAAGGAUGAUUCAAGUGAUAGAGAUUCCACUUGA